CCAUUGCCGCCUCGCAAGAGGCAACGGCCGCGACCCCAACAGAGCCCGCGGCCCAGCCUUGAGCCCCCAAGUCCGGGGGCUGGCAUGAGUGGCCCUUCGGCGGCACCGGGGGGCGGGGGAAACGCCGCCGCCUGAGCCCCGGCCUGCUGUCCGACCCCACCUCGCUGACCGAGGCUGACCGAGGCUGACCGCGGAGCGUGCGAACGACCCCGCCACUGCUUUCUUCUUCCCGCAGAUCACACAUUCUAGCCCCGGAAGAUGGGGAACUGCCUCAAAUCCCCCACUUCGGAUGACAUCUCCCUGCUUCACGAGUCUCAGUCCGACCGGGCUAGUUUUGGCGAAGGGACGGAGCCGGAUCAGGAGCCGCCGCCGCCAUAUCAGGAACAAGUUCCAGUUCCGGUCUAUCAUCCAACACCUAGCCAGACUCGCCUAGCAACUCAGCUGACUGAAGAGGAACAAAUUAGGAUAGCUCAAAGAAUAGGCCUUAUACAACAUCUGCCUAAAGGAGUUUAUGACCCUGGAAGGGAUGGAUCAGAAAAAAAGAUCCGAGAGUGUGUUAUCUGUAUGAUGGACUUUGUUUAUGGGGACCCGAUUCGAUUUCUGCCGUGCAUGCACAUCUAUCACCUGGACUGUAUAGAUGACUGGUUGAUGAGAUCCUUCACGUGCCCCUCUUGCAUGGAGCCGGUUGAUGCAGCACUGCUUUCGUCCUACGAGACUAAUUGAGCCAGGGUCUCUGGUCUGACUUCAAGUGAACCAUCAUAUUUGGUGGUUUUGAUCUUUUGUCACUGAGCCCAAAGAGCCAGGGAUUAGGAAUUAAGAUCAUGCACAAAAGUUUCCUAAAAAUUCCCGAAUGGCUGCAGAUGUUGGGGGAAAAAAAUACGUGAUAUUUUAGAAAUUUAGGGGGAAAAGUAGGAUGGUAUUUUUAUGUAAAGCCUUGACCCAGUGUUUAAAAAUAUAAUUGUAUUUAGAUCUUGUUAUGCUCCAGUACAUAGGAAUUGUGUAAAGUGUUACAGCAGCUGUAUAUGUUUCAAUUGUGUGUGUUGAAGAUUAGGAAAAAGAUAGUGGUUGUUUUUCCUAAAUGAAAUAACUCUCUUUUUCCCCCCACCCAAAUUAUUUUCUGAAGUUGCUGGCAUUUGGGUCAAGGUUUUAUUAAAAGCUACAUUUUAUAACACUGGCACAAAAAAAGUAGUUUUAAGCUUGUUUGCACAGUUCUUUUUUUCCAUUGGAAAUGGAAUUCAUUGCCUUAGGUCUUUUUAAAUAGUGUAUUAUCGUUGGGGCUGGCUGUAUGCUUGAAAACCAGUUUAUUUAUAACCUGUUGUAAGUGCUAUAUCUGUUUGCAGUUAGGAAAUGCAGAAUUCAAAGUGAUCUCCUAGCUUGUAAGCAAACUGAGAUGCACUAUCCCUUUUCUAUAAAAACUGAGUUAACGUCAAGAAACCAACUCUAGUAAAGUGGGGUUUAGUAUUACCCUUUCCUAUGUGUUUUAUCUAAUUAUUUUGAUUGUUAAUAUGGUAAUUAAAAGUCAAGGUAAAUUUUAAAUAUUAAGAUUUCUGAUUUAUUGAGCUCGAAGUAUGCCACCAUGCUUAUGUAAAAUGAAAGUGGCACCAUGGUGAAACUGAGAAAAGUUGCUCAGUUGUAAUAGUUUUGAUUUAUUCUUGUGACCUCCUUCCCUUACUGUCUUGAACCAUAGCAAAAGGAUACUGCAUCUCUUAUUGUAGUGCUGAGGUUAUUGAAGUUACAUAAAACACAUCUCAGUCUCUGUUUCUUAGAAAGGAAAGUCCUGCUGGCUGACUGACAAGUAAGCAGGGAGAAUUAAGAUAAACGUAUUUCAUGUUUUGCACACAAAUGCAGAAUUUGUAUAACCACAUGACUUCACAGUUGUGAUCUCGAAGAGGGAAUUUCUCCUUUUUCUUGCAGUUAAUGUAAGAGCACUCUAAAUCUCUAAGCUUCUGAAGUGUUAGAGGUAGAGAUGGUCUAGUAACGAUGUAGUUUGUAAUGUUUUAUCCAUUUAGCAUGUGUUUAUUUUUCCUUAUGUACUCAAAGGUGACUUAUUUGUUCAGCUCAGUGAUAUUACAACUAAGAAUCAUUCAGUAGCAAAAGGAGAAGCAAUCUCAAUCUAACAAAUCAGAAAUGUUUCUUAUUUUAUAUUGAGUUGAAUAUUUGACUCUAACACUUUUCUACAUACAAAACACGAGUAUCUUGAGGGUUCUUCAUAAUUGCAUUUUAGAGGAAUUAAGUAUGCCAUAAGUACUUCUUAAAGAUUUGACAUUAGAAUGUAGUAUCCAUAUGUUGGUUAAUUUUCUUAUGAGCCCCAUGACGGAAAGACUUAAAGAUGAAUUUGAGAAAAUUGAAAAUUAGAUUAUCAGGUUCUGUUAAAUUGUUACAUGUAUCUUGCUUAAGUUUUUGUUAAUUUAUAUCCACCCAAUUACAUAAAGCAAAUUUGGAGGAAAACC